AUUUUAGGAAUGCCUAAAUGUAAGGUGUUUUGAUGUACACUUUCUUGUACUACUGUUUAGUUACAUUACAAGUAUUCGAUCAUUUAAAUAAUCAAGUUCGUGUUAAACUAAUGGAACAAAGAUAGUGUUAUUAUUUUGAUUAUUUUUAACUUGAACUAUUUGUACAUAUUAAAACAACAUGGUGUUAGCCGAAAAAAAUGGUGAAAAUUGCAGAAAUGGGCGAAGAAGUCGAGGUCCAAGUCCCAAUGGACAUACACAAGCGGACUCUACAAGUGAAGAUGAAAUCCCUGUUGAUAAAAUCAGAGUUGGAAGAGAUUAUCAAGCUGUCUGUCCAGAAUUACAGCCUGAGAAUUUAAGGCAACCAGAACUCUUGGCUGAUAGAGCACUCUUGGUUUGGUCUCCUACAGAAGCCAUUUCAGACAACAAGCUCGAAGAAUACAUAGUUUUAGCUAAAGAAAAAUAUGGUUACAAUGGAGAACAAGCUUUAGGAAUGUUGUUUUGGCACAAACAUGAUUUGGACAGGGCUAUUCUAGAUCUUGCAAAUUUUACCCCAUUUCCGGAUGAAUGGACAGUAGAGGACAAAGUGCUAUUUGAGCAAGCGUUUCAGUUUCAUGGGAAAAGUUUCCAUAGGAUAAAACAGAUGCUUCCUGACAAAAGUAUUGCAAGUUUGGUCAAAUACUACUAUGGCUGGAAGAAAACAAGGACAAGAAGUAGCUUGAUGGACAAACAGGCUAGAAAAUUGCAAAAUCCUAAAGACGAUGGAGUAGCUUCAGAAGUAGGAUCUGAAGUUGGGUCAAAUGAAGAAUCAGAUCAUGAGGAUAAGGGUGAGGGCGGUCAGUGUACGAAUUGUGGCAUCCAUUGUACAAUUAUGCAACAUACCCCCAAAGGAAACCAUUGCAAUUCCUGUUAUCAGCACUGGAGACGAACAGGAAUGCAGAGACCCACUUCCGGACCAGUAGGUGGUAAGCGGGGAAACUCGCUGGGGGGUCGCCACAAGCGCAAACCCCCCAGAGGAAUGCACAUCAACCAUGACGACCUGGCUGCGAUGGCCUCUGGUCAGGCGGGGGUGCAAAUGCUUAAGGCUAUGGAUAGGGAAAUCGACUCGCUUCAAAGACAAGUACAACUGAAUAAGCAACAAAUUAGUUCAUUGAAACGAAAACAUUCGGAUUCUCUGGAAGACCUUAGGUCUAACAGUGAAGCAAACCUCAGAAUCAAUGCAAGAUGGACGAAUGAAGAACUACUUCUAGCUGUACAAGGCGUCCGAAAGUACGGUAAAGAUUUCAAGAGCAUAGCGGAAGUGUUGGGCAACAAGACAGAACAUCACGUGCGCAAUUUCUUCGUUAACUAUCGUAAACGGUACAACCUAGAUAAUAUUCUGAAAGAGUGGGAGAAAGACAAUGGACCUCUGCCUGAAGAUGAACUCAAGAUGGAUGUCGACGAAAUGCCAAACGACGACGUUAUUUGCAUAUCACCAGUGCCGAAUGGCAAUUCCAAAAAGGAAGUUAAAAAUGGUAAAGUCGCACCUGUGGCAACCAAAUGAUUUCAUUGUGUAGUGAACUAUUGGACGAGACUGUGUACAAAUAUUUAAAAGAUUUUUAUGUGCAGACACCGCCACCUAUUUUGGCAUGAACUGGCGAUCUGUACCUGAAUAUAUUUAGCCGAAAUGAGUGUAAUCAUUAUGUGUAAGUGGAAUUAAUAGGUUAAAGUCGUAAUUCUUAAUGAACACAGUAUCUACGCCGCUGGUAGCCAUUCUAAAGCGCCCUAGCUGUAACAAAAUAAUGAUAACUUCGCUCGUUCGUGCCAUCAUUGGUGAAGGAAGCUGUAUCCUGAUUUGAGAAAUCGUAAAUAUGUCAAAUUUUCAUUGGAGGAAAUGUGACUUUAAAUUUUCGGCCAUUAAUUUUGGAUUCGAAUGUAUCGGGAAUAUUUUCUUUAUUCGACUCCAUUAAUCAAUAAAAUGUAAUAUAAAAUUGUAAAGUGCGUGUUUUACGAACAAUUGACGUUGGUUUGAAACCUACCAAUUAAGAAUCGUUCCAAGUAAACCCUAGAAGAGUUUCCUGCUCAUUUGCAAAUUAACACCCUCUGAAGCGAAGUCGAAAGUAGCCGCAAUCAAUCGAAACCAUUAUUAGAAGUUUACUGAUAAUUCUAUUUAACUUUAUUUCAAUAUACACCUGCAUUGAUGUAUGCUUGAAUAUAUCUGGAAAUAUUUAAUUAAGUAAUGAAAAUUUUAUAUGAAUUAUAAAUUUAAGUUGAAGUAUGCAAUAAUAAUUAAAGUGUUGAUGUCAACAAUUUUCCAUAA